AUGGACGACGACCACCGCUUCAUCGAAAUCCGUGAUACCAAAGAGUUUGCGUAUACGAUAAAAAUUCCUCGGAAGUACGACUGGGCGGUGCACGACGGACCGAACAGCUCUCUCUGUGAUCUCACGCUAGAACUCGACGAUGGACAAGUGUCUGUGCACAGUGAUGUUUUCUGCCAUUUCAGCCAAUUCUUCAAAGCCAUGUUCUCGGCAACUUGGCUCGAAUCAAAAACGCACAGAGUUCACUUCCCCAAUAUCGAGUACAGAUCCAUGCGCGCUCUCGUGGACAUGAUCUACGCGGGGGAAUUCCUUCUGACGCAUUACAACAUCGAGCCGAUAUUCCAAGUGGUCCACCACCUGCAAAUGGACGAACUUCUCGGAUAUUGCUGCGAUGUCCUCAUCGACAGUCUGGAGAAAACGAACGUCAUCGCCUUCCACCAGCUAGCGGCUCGCUACACGCUCGGAGGCCUCCGCGAGGAGUGUGUGCUGUACGUGCUGGAGAAUUGUAAACAUCUAUUCGAAGACCAGGCUUUUCUCGCCGAGCUGCCGUUCGACCUCAUCGAGACCGUAAUGCAACGCGACGAUCUUUUCGUCAAGAACGAGCUCGACGUCCUCACCAUGAUCCUCAGUUGGCUCCAGGUCGAAACGCACAGGGACGCGAACAAGAUCGCUCUCUUUGAAAAGGUUCGCUUCCCUCAGCUGAACACGAAUUGCAAAAAAGUCCUCAAGGCCCUCACUCCUCUGCUCGUCGAGUCGACUGUAUAUACGGACUUCUGCAAAAGCCGCUUCUGGCUCGACGAUAUUCCGCGCUACCAACUGCGGCCGCGCAAGUUCCAGCCAGUGCAUUUGCACUACGUUCUCAAAGUGAAUUAUGUGCAAUUCGGAAAAUCUAAUAGAGCGUACGCGCUAUUCCUCUACUGCAAUAUCUCAAACCGAACAACUCUACUUCACAGCCACGAGUACGGCAAACGAAAUUCGUACAACUCGAAUUUCGGACCGCACGAGUACGGCGAUGGCUUCACAGUGGUAGGUCGAUUCGCUUACCUGCAAGAACGGAUGAUUUUGCGGGAGGGCCGGCGGGAAUUCCUGCGCAUCACUCGAACCAGCCUCCAACCGAACAAGCUGGGCGCCAUCCAGACGCAGAACAUCUAUUUUCCGGUUGCGGAUCAAAGCCUGUUUCAAGUUGGGAAAUUGGUCGCUCUCGAGGGCCGGCUUGCAAGGCUUCACGUAACAGGAUCGGCUAACCGCCUUAGUCCCGACGAAUUGCGUGAGAUUCGAACGAGUCUCAACGUCGACCGGAUAAAGUACGGCCUCGAUAAUAUCAACGUGAUGCAGCUCGAUCUCAAGGCGAAGAAAUUCGAAUCGGGGCCCUCAUUGAUAGAGAAUAACGCUCAAACAACCGAACCGUGGCUGUUCGCCUUGCUCGCCGAUCGGAUGUGCAAAUGGAUGAAAGGAGACGAGUUCUCAUUCAUUCUGAGCAGCGCGCUGGACGGGCUGAAUUUCAUCGCGAGAAUCGACCGCAAUGGGAAAGUGAGCCGCAUAUCAUUCAAGCCGGAUCUCUUGAGUAGGCGCACGCUGCGGCGCGGGAUCCACGACAUGCUGCUCAUCGAGAACACGCUGUUCACCUACGAGUAUCUGGAUAUUUUCAAUUCGGGCGACAACCAGGUCCGGCGGCGUAUUCAAGCGAUGGACGCGAGAACCCAGGAGUUCACGGGCAUCAUGGUCAUCGACUGCGAGAACAAUGACGCCACGGCGAAAUUGCUCUUUUCGAUUUGCGAAAUGGAUGUGAAUAAAUUGGAACUCUGCGAGAUCCGCGGCGAACCUCAUCUGCUUGUCGUACCCAACGGAUAUCAGCUGGGAACGAAGAGUUAUUUCGGUGUAUUCCAAAUCAUGAGAGAGAUGGCAGAAAACGGAGACAGUCUCAAAGUGAGAAAAGUGCGACUGGAUAAAUUGGAUAUCGACGAGUUCCAGAAGAUGCCCGAGGAUUCGUGUGUCAAAAUAGAGAGCGCCGUUGUACCUGUGGACAUGCACCCGUGCGAAUAUUCGACGUUCAUCCACGACCAGCUCCAUCGGCUGGCGGAUCAUAACUUAUCAGAGUUGGAGGCGCUCCGGAAGUUUGCGGCUUAA